AGCGGCCGAAGAUGAGGACCGUGCUGAUGGUGGCGGAGAAGCCGUCCCUGGCGCAGUCCAUCGCCAAGAUCCUCUCCAGAGGGAACAUGUCCUCUCGCAAGGGACUCAAUGGUGCGUGCUCUGUGCACGAGUACACUGGGUCCUUCAUAGGGCAGAGUGCUCACUUCAAGAUGACAUCGGUGUGUGGUCAUGUCAUGACUCUGGAUUUCAUAGGAAAAUAUAACAGCUGGGACAAAGUGGAUCCAGCAGAACUUUUUAGUAAAGCUCCCACAGAAAAGAAAGAAGCUAAUCCCAAACUGACCAUGGUGAAGUUUUUACAGGUGGAGGGCAGAGGCUGUGAUUGUAUUGUCUUGUGGUUGGAUUGUGAUAAGGAAGGAGAAAACAUCUGUUUUGAAGUUCUUGAUGCUGUUCUUCCUGUCAUGAACAAACCUCGUGGCACAGAGAGGACGAUUUACAGAGCUAAAUUCAGUUCCAUCACUGACACAGACAUCUGCAAUGCCAUGAAUCACUUGGGAGAGCCCAAUCGCAACGAAGCUCUGUCCGUGGAUGCCCGCCAGGAGCUGGAUUUGAGGAUUGGCUGUGCCUUCACAAGGUUCCAGACUAAAUAUUUUCAGGGGAAAUAUGGGAAUUUAGACAGCUCCCUCAUCUCCUUUGGGCCAUGUCAGACCCCAACACUUGGAUUCUGUGUUGAGAGGCAUGACAAAAUCCAGUCAUUUAAGCCUGAGACUUACUGGGUGUUGCAAGCUAAAGUGAACCCUGAAAAAGAAAGUUCUCUCACUUUGGAUUGGGAUAGAGUGAGGGUUUUUGAUCGUGAGGUUGCUCAAAUGUUUCUGAAUAUAACAAAGAUGGCAAAAGAAGCAAAGGUAGAAUCUGUGAGUAAAAAAGAGAAAGUGAAACAGAGACCACUGGCUCUGAACACAGUAGAAAUGCUCCGAGUAGCCAGUGCUGCUUUAGGAAUGGGUCCCCAACAUGCCAUGCAAAUAGCAGAACGUCUUUACACUCAAGGUUAUAUCAGCUAUCCUCGAACAGAAACUACCCAUUAUCCAGAAAACUUUGACCUGAAAGGAUGUUUGAGACAACAAGCCAAUAAUCCUUACUGGGCAGAAACUGUAAAAUCAUUGCUGUCAGAAGGCAUCAAUCGUCCAAGGAAAGGCCAUGAUGCAGGAGACCAUCCUCCCAUCACCCCAAUGAGAGCUGCAACAGAAGCAGAAUUAGGGGGAGAUGGGUGGCGACUGUACGAGUACAUAACUCGGCACUUCAUUGCCACUGUCAGUGCUGACUGCAAGUACCUACAAACCACCAUUUCCUUCAGUAUUGGCCCUGAAAGAUUUACCUGUGUUGGAAAGGUGGUAACUUCACCAGGGUUCACAGAAAUUAUGCCAUGGCACAGCAUCCCAUUAGAAGAGAGCCUUCCCCACUGUGAGAAAGGAGAUCUUUUUCCAAUUGGUGAAAUAAAGUUGCUGGAAAAGCAAACCAGCCCUCCUGAUUACCUGACAGAAGCAGAACUGAUCACUCUGAUGGAAAAGCAUGGCAUUGGAACUGAUGCCAGUAUUCCAGUCCACAUUAACAACAUUUGCCAGAGAAACUAUGUCACAGUGGAGAGUGGUCGAAGACUAAAGCCUACAAACCUUGGCAUUGUUCUGGUUCAUGGUUAUUACAAAAUAGAUGCAGAAUUGGUUCUUCCUACAAUCCGCAGUGCUGUAGAGAAGCAACUCAAUUUAAUAGCUCUGGGUAAAGCAAAUUAUCAUCAGGUCCUGGAGCACACCCUUGACAUUUUCAAAAGGAAAUUUCACUAUUUUGUGGAUUCUAUUGCAGGUAUGGAUGAACUGAUGGAAGUGUCUUUUUCACCCUUGGCUGCCACAGGCAAGCCUCUUUCCCGCUGUGGUAAAUGCCAUCGUUUCAUGAAGUAUAUUCAGGCCAAGCCAAGUCGCCUGCACUGCUCUCACUGUGAUGACACCUACAGUCUUCCCCAGAAUGGUACCAUUAAACUCUACAAGGAGUUGCGUUGUCCCCUGGAUGACUUUGAGCUGGUGCUGUGGUCAUCUGGAUCCAGAGGAAAGAGCUAUCCACUGUGUCCGUACUGCUACAACCAUCCUCCCUUCAGGGACAUGAAAAAAGGCAUGGGCUGUAAUGAGUGCACCCACCCCACGUGCCAGCAUUCCCUUAGCAUGCUUGGAAUUGGGCAGUGCGUGGAGUGUGAGAACGGGGUUCUGGUGCUGGACCCCACGUCGGGCCCCAAGUGGAAGAUGGCCUGCAACAAAUGCAACGUGAUCGUGCAUUUCUUCGAGAACGCCCACAAGGUCCGCGUGUCGGCCGACACCUGCGACCUGUGUGAGGCGGCGCUCGUGGAUGUGGAUUUCAACAAAGCCAAAUCUCCCCUGCCUGGUGAUGAGACCCAGCACUCAGGCUGUGUGUUCUGUGACCCCGUGUUCCAGGAUCUGGUGGAGCUGAAACACGCGGCCAUGAGGCAUCCCAUGCACCGUGGGGGACAAGGGAAGAGGCAGGGGCGGGGAAGGGGCAAAGGCCGGAGACCUGGAGGAAGACUCAACCCAAAGAAACCCAAGGACAAAAUGGCAGCUCUGGCUGCUUACUUUGUAUAGUGGCCACACAACAGGAAAAUAAACUUCUUAUAAAAAUUA